UCUCUUUCUUUUUCCUCUCUUGUUUCAAGUUUGGUGCCAAGUUUGUUCCUUUGGAUAUAAAAUAAUCACUGCAAAAGCUACUCUACUUUGGGUUUUUCUUGCCUGCUUGAAUAGAGAUUGAGGUGCUUUCUGGGGUGUUGGAAUUUGGAGGAGAUGAAACAGAUAGGGUUUUAGGUUGUUUUUUUCACUUGGGGGUUUCAGAAAAAUGGGUUCUCAAGGUGGGGCAGUCCAAGAGGCACAGAGUGGUGGCUCUGGCUCCUUGGCUAGGCAAGGGUCAUUGUAUAAUCUCACACUUGAUGAGGUUCAAAACCAGCUUGGAAAUUUGGGGAAGCCAUUAGGAAGCAUGAAUCUUGAUGAGCUUCUAAAGAGUGUGUUUACGGCUGAGGCUGGAGGUUGUGGUGGUGAUGGUGGUGGUGGUCAAGCCUCUUCUGGAUUGGGUUCUGGGACUGAUGCUAACAUUCAGCAGCAGCAUGCUCAGUUAGCUUCGGUUUCAUCCCUGAAUCGACAAGGGAGCCUAACUGUUUCUGGAGAUCUUAGCAAGAAAACCAUUGAUGAGGUUUGGAGAGAUAUGCAGAAAAAGAAGAGUGGUGGAAACAGUAAUAAUAAUGAUAAGAAAACUCAGGAGACACCGCCGACAUUUGGCGAGAUGACCCUGGAGGAUUUCUUGGUGAAAGCAGGAGUUGUUGCAGAGUCUUUUGCUACUGAGGAUAAUGCUAUGUCAAGGGUUGAUUCCAAUGUGGCUUCUCAGCACAAUGUUUCUGAUCAAGUACAUUGGAUUCAAUACCAAAUCCCAUCAGUGCAGCCGGCACCGCAUCUCGCAUAAUUUGUGGUGAAUCCGGUUCUGGAUGCUGGAUACACUGAGACAAUGGUGACUAUGUCGCCAUCUUCUUUGAUGGGUACAUUAUCAGAUACCCAGACUCCGGGUCGGAAAAGGGUUGCCUCUGGUACUGUUGUUGAGAAAACUGUGGAGAGGAGACAGAAGAGGAUGAUAAAGAAUAGGGAAUCUGCUGCGCGGUCGCGUGCUAGAAAACAGGCUUACACACAAGAACUGGAGAAUAAAGUUUCCCGUUUAGAAGAAGAAAAUGAAAGGCUUAGAAGACAGCAGGAGAUAGAGAAGGUGUUGCCAAGUGAGCCACCACCGGAGCCCAAGCGUCAACUUCGCCGGACGAGUUCGGGACCCCUUUGAAUGCCCUCACUGUGUUCUCAUUUGCAAAAUAUAUAUAUUCGACACUAUAGUUUGCACAGUUAGAAGGGUGGUUUUGUCAUUAUGGUAGUUCUGCUGUUAGUUCUCCUAAGCAUGCUCAUUUGUAAGAGUGUUUUUCUUGAAUGUACAUUUCAUAUAAGCCAAACUUUAAUUUACCAAGCACUAUAAAAUAUACUUUACUCUAAUUUUGGACACAUUGUGGCAAUGUGACUUCACAAAAAAAGGUUUCUUUCUUUGUUAUCUUUGUGUUGUGUGUGGUGCAAAUUAUAAUCAAUAUAUAGUUGCAUUUUGUUUAAA